CGCGACGGCACGCCUCCGAAAGCUCUCUGAAAGUGCGCUGCUGAAGGCUGAAAGACAAGAUUGACAUGUAACAGAAGCACCCGAGGGUGGUUCGGCUCCUGCAAAUCCUGCUGAAGCUCAAGUUCAGCAGAGCCGACCAUGCCCGACGCCGGCCGAACCGCUUCGGUUCACACUUUCAUAUGUCUUUGGUCUGUUAACACACUGCAACUAUCCUCAAUAACGUUUGGUGGACCACCGCAGGUUUGCAUCUUGUGCUUGUGCGCGAUGUGUUUACCCAGCUGUACGGCCUUCAGGUGCAGUGAUAACGUGCAGUGAUAAAGGAUAAUGGAUUUGGAUGAAGAGCGACUUUUUAAAGCGGCUUAGCGAUGCCCUACACCAUGAAGACUGUGUACCUCCUAGGUCUACUAUGGUUGUACCUUUUGGGCUUCGUCUACGUCGUGCUGUGUGUGGAGCCAGGCUACUUGGACUUCGACAACCUGCCCGACACGAACUUUUCCUGUGUCGGCAAAGUCAUUGGUGGCUACUAUGCGGACCUGGAGACCAACUGCCAGAUGUUCCACGUGUGCACCAUAGGCCAGCUGGACGAGCCCAUGGACAUUCGCUUUUUGUGCCUAAACGGAACCGUCUUUGACCAGGAAACUCGAGUUUGCGAACGCAUAGACGAAGUUGACUGUUCGAAAUCUGAAAAGUUCUAUAGUUUGAACUUGGAGCUGUAUGGUAACACGCAACCCAGCAUCUCAGAAGAUAAUGCGGACACUGAUCCACCCAUCAUCAUAAAAGCUUCCACUACAACCACCACCACGACCACCACCACGACACCGAAACCCAAAACCAAGACGACGAAAGCCGCGUUUUUUACAACAGCAGCGCCGACGGUGACCACAGUAACUAAAGUAAUCUCGGCGCAUCAUUUUCCGAUUUCGAAUAGUCCAGAUAUUAGGUUCAACCCAGAGGAGAUCAACAUUAGUCUACACCCAGGCACUCUGGCUAAUCUAAGGUCGAAGUCUCUGGCGUACCAACAACAAGUUUUCAACGAUAAUAAGAAGAAGGUUGUAGUGACGACGCACACGAGUUAUGGUACUCCCGACAAAGAAGACUUCGUGAGGAUAGUACCCAACACACAACGACCUGUCUCUUCCACCCAGAAAAUCAAAGGACAAUCGCCUGCUACCCCAGCGGAUAUUAAUUACGGGUUCACGUACCACCAGACGGAAGAUAACAGUCAAGAGUACACGGAACCGCCGCACAACUACCAGUACCACCACUCCAACGUGCCUUAUAGGCACGCACAGUUCAGAAACCAGUUCAAAACGACGACUUAUCGUAGCGAACAUCUGGCUACAACCCGUAAACACCCGUAUAACCCUCAUAAAGAAUCUACGACUUUUCGAACAUCGUAUGUAUCGUCGUUGAAAACGCCUACGUACCAUACGUAUCGUACCGAAAAACCCCAAAGACUGCAGCUGCCACUACCAUUGUUACCAACACUGCCUCCAUUGACGUUUAGUUCGCCGGCACCGUUUAGUUUAGGCCACCAUAUUGAAACGAAGAGGUACACCAGUGAUCAGCCUCCACCUAGGAUUAUAAUUAGUGCUAGUGCUAGUGUUAGCGAUAAUAGCGGACGUAGAUUGAAUUAUUCCUUAGGUACUAUAGGUGUUACACCGUUACUGGAAGAACCACCAAAGUCGUACGAUGACUACAAGGACCACGAUGUGGUCCUCGAUCCGUUUUACCACGACGUGCCUAAAAUUAAAGCGUCUAGAAGGAAAAAGAGGCAAAUUAAGCCUUCAGAUAUUCCUAACGAGCAAGCAGCUGCCGAUGUGCUCAAGUUUUUGUUCGAAUGGUAUAGCACUCACCAGAAAAGUAGUACGGUGAAGGUACCGAUCAACCCGGAAGACAUUACGGAGAUAAAUGAACAGUUGGCGCCGAUUGUCGAGGCUCCGAUUUUGAAUCAGAACAAAAGUUACGAUGAUUUUUUCAAUUUUAAAGAAAGUGCCUUAUUUAAAAGAAGAAGUAAGUUUAAUAUUGUCGGAGAUGUAUUGAGUGUGACGGAAGCGCCAGUUGCUUCUACGUCAAAACCUACUGUAGUUACCGUGGCAAAAUUAGAUACUGUUGACUAUGUUGAUGAUAACUAUGAAGCUGUACAGUCAAAUAACACUAAUGUGACGGAAAAAACUAAGACAAAUGUAACAACUACGGAGAAAGUUGUAACAACAACUAUUGAAGAAACGACGCUACCACCAACAACUACAACUGCCGAACCUACCACGACGAACCGAAUCAUGGGUAUCAUGCGAAAGAGAGCAAAAACCCAUCAUAAAAGACUCAUUAAUGAAAAUAGACAAAGAUAUAUCGCUUCGUUAAAUGCUUUAAAACCAAAAAUUCGUUUAAAGGACAAACAAAAACCAACUACUGAGGCUCACGUAGUUGAAGAGACUAUAACUGUUGCUCCGCCUGCAAAAAAGUUUAGACCUUCGUCAACCAAAAGGACCACUCGUACUAAAAAAAUAACCACACCAAGUACCACCUCUACUCGAAAAGUGACGACCCCAAGUACCACCACUACUCAAAAAGUAACAACCCCAAGUACCACCACUACUCAAAAAGUAACGACCCCAAGCACCACCACUACUCAAAAAAUAACGACCACAAUAACAACUACGCUAGCAACAACUACACCAGAAGUAACAACCCCGGAACAAGAAAUUUUUACCGAAACAGAAGAAAAUCUAGAAACAGAAACGACACUAAUACCUGAAGAAAAUAAAACAGAACCGGUAGACGCUACUGAAGAACCUCAACAGGAAGUGGUAGAUGUUUCCGAAGAACCUACGUCUACGCAAACCGACUCAUAUGACGAUAAAGAUUUUGAAGAUGAUCAAAUGAGACAAGAAAGUAAAGUUAGUAGCAACUUUGAAGGAACAACAACCGAAUUUGAAGAAUUAGUUGCUCAAAAUGAGACCAACACAGAGGAUGCACACAUUGAAAAAACUCCUGAAGAACCUUUCGAUAUCGAAUACGAAGAACUAGAACCCGAGUCUGAGAAGACUACUACGGUGGUUGAAAAUCCAGAAGUUGAGACGACCACACAGAUGGAAGAACCACACGUUACAGAUGUGGAAAAGGACAAUCUUUUGUCCAAACCAAGAAUAAGAGGAAGAAGUAAUAGUAAAUUCUAUGAUAAUUACAGUUCUGAUAGUACUCGUCAGGCAACUGCAAUCAAAACUGAACAACCCGUAGUCGAAACUACUGAAGAAUUAGGUAAUGAAGAUGAAACGACUGACGAAAAUUUGGGAACUACUGCAACUCAAGAAAUGAUUGAGGAUCACGAAAAGAAUGAAGAUGCGGGUCAUGAAGAAGAAGUUUUAUCUAAACCAGAUGAUGUUGAGUAUUAUGAUGAGUACGAACUCGAGACUGAAUCUACUGGAGACAAUGAAGAGGAAAAUGUAAAAUUGCCUGGAGAAGUCACAGAACAAUUAGAAAUUUCUCCCAAAGAUAAAUCUUCCACCGAAGUUAGUGAAGACCCAGAUGAUGAAGAUAAUCCAAAUGACGAAGCUUUAAUGUCUACAACAGUAGAAUUUACAGACACUGAAGAACAUUCUGAACAUUUAGAAAAUAAAGAAACGGUUUUAAUAAAACCCAGUGAUGUUAAUUUUGAUAAAGAAUUUGGUGAUCAACAAGAAGAACCUGAGCUUGUUGACACUGAUAAAGAAGAAGAAAUUAAGAAACCACGUGAACGAGGAAGAGGGAGAGGUAGAACUAGAUUUAAUAACAAUUAUAAAACAGAAGACGAAAGUCCAACAUUACCAAUAAACGAUGAAAUUAGUGAAAAAGAUGUAGAACCAAAGAAUGAAAAUGAAGAAAUCAUAGACGAAACUACUACAGAAAAUGGGGAAAUAAUUUCCACAGAACCUGAAGAUGCUGAUUCUAAAAGUACCACUUUAGAGGCAGCACCUACUACUACUCCGCAAAGUACCAUGGAACCAACUGACAAAAUUGAAGAAGAUCCUCUAACAACAACUCCCUCUAGUACUACUCUUGAAGAAAUCCCUUCCACCAGUUCGACAAGCACUACUGAAUAUUACGAAGAAACCACAACAGUAGACGCAAAUAAUGAAGUUUACCAAACCAUAGCAACAGAAUCUAGUAGUACUAUAAGUACAGAAUCCGCCACAAACUUGACACCUGCAGCCACCACGACCACCGAAGUCCCAAGUACUACACGUAGUCGGCACAACGCACGCCGGACACGUCCACUACGUACUCGAACUUCCUCAAGUUACCGUAGACCAAAUUCUAGACAUAGAUUUAGUACUGAAUUAACCUCGCGACCGAGCAGGCGAAAACCUGUCAUCGAAGAUGAAAUUGUAGACGCUUUAACGAGUCAAUUAACAACUACUGAAAGUCUAAUCAAGGAAGAAAUUUCUACCUCACCAAGAAUCACCACAUCUACGAUUGUAGAUUACACAGAAGAUGUCCCAGCGACAGACGCUCCCCUGUUUAAAAGUGCCAAUCCUACUCAAGCCGAAUCGGCAAAAGAAUCCCUCCAUACUACUCCGUUAUCGAUGGUGUAUAAGUUACACGUGCGAAAGGAAAAACUUAAGUCGUAUAUAUUCAACUGUUUUGGGAAAGCCAUCAAUAAGUUUUAUUCCGAUCCGAGAGACUGUAGGCUCUUCCAUUAUUGUACUUCGGGUUACACUAAGAACCAGCUACUCGACAUGAAGUUCGUGUGUGACUUGGGUACUUACUUUGAUGAAGAGAAACUGAUUUGUACAAAGAGUAAGCCGGAGAGGUGUUUGUAAAUAAUUAAGCUCUCUUAAGUCAACAGACUUUGAUUCUCUCGUCCUACUAGGGUAAAUCUUUUGUAAUUAUUAUUGAACAUAAUUUGUUAUAAAUACU